AUGCCACAAAAAUCGUGUCUGGCGAAUGAUGAAUUGAAAGUUCCCUGCUGCACUGAUUUUGAUAACAAUCAAAAUGCUGACGACGAUGAUCAUGCCAACGAUAUGAUGACGGUGCAGCAACGAUCAUAA